ACCUUGCACACAUGUCCCAUUUUGGUAGGUACAACCAGGAACAAUUUUGAAGGAAAGAAAGUUGUUCGACUUGAAUAUGAAGCUUAUAUUUCAAUGGCUGAAGCUGAAAUAAAGAAGAUUUGCAGAGAUAUGAGGCAUAAAUGGCCAAUGAUUCAACAUAUCAGUAUCUACCAUAGACUUGGAGUAGUUGAUAUAACGGAAGCAAGUGUAAUCAUAGCCAUCUCCUCUCCACAUAGAAGUGAGUCUCUUGAAGCAGUGAAAUAUUGCAUUGCGACUUUGAAAGCAACAGUACCAAUAUGGAAGAAGGAGAUUUAUGAUACAGAAGAAUAUACCUGGAAGGAAAAUAGGGAAUGUCAGUGGGCACAGAAUGGACAGAAAUAAUUAUCACAGGAUGUGUUGCUGAAGCAAGUAACUUUGAGUCAAAGUAAAGUGAUUAAUGAAUUAAUUGAAAAUGGUGAUUUGCCUUUGCACUGUAGUUGUAUGUACAAAAAUGACAUGACAAGCAAACUCUACAUAAUGCUAUACUUUAAUAUAAAAAUAUGUAUGAUCUUUUCAUGUUAUGAAUUUUCAAUCUGUUGAAACCUGUUGAGUGGAUGCCUUGUUAAUGCAAGUUAAUUUCAUUCUGUUUAUAAGCACAUUUUUAAACAAGCAUAUGCAAAAAUGUUAUUCAAAAUUAAAUUCUGAAGAAAAUUAUGUUCAAAGGGAUCUUUUCUAUAAAUUUUAAUAUGUAAAAGCUGUUCUGUGCUUACUCGGUUUGUUACUCUAUUUAGCUCUGAAAAUAAAUUUAAAGUAUAAUACCGUUUUUCUUCUCCUUGUGCAUUAAAAAUUGCAGGAAAAUUAAUUGUUGAAAAUAUGGAAUUGACCAGCAUGAAAAAUAUUUGCCAGAUGUUUUUAGUACAUGAUUGUCUACUUCAUUUGCAGUAGUAUGCUCUAUAUUAUAAAGUGAUGAAAUUUAAAUUUUAAAAUACGUAAUGGUGACCUAUGUAUGCAGAACAUAGUAUUUUCAGCAGUGAACAUUUGUGAAACAAUUAUGAAUUAUUCUGUGAUUUACAAUGUGUGCAACUGGAGUUUUCACAGCCAUAAAUACAGGAUUUUAACUGGUUUGAAUUUUUCUUUGAAUGGCAGCAAAUUGACAAGCACAUAGAGAGCUAAAAAUAUUAGAUUUGGGAAGGAAAACUGUUCUAAAGUUGAAAUCAGAAUCAUUGAAGCAAAUUUCAUAAUUUGUAUGUUUAAAUAAAAAAAAUCAUGCUACUGCAA